AUGUUUCAAUUUCAAACCUCAAUAAAAAAAAAAACAAACUCAAUCGAAUAUUCAUGUCUUGAUUGCGGUCAUACAAUAGAGGCAGAGUAUGAAAAAAGUGAUACAUUCACAUUUCAAUGUGGCUGUGCAACCGAGGAAGUAGUUGGUGGUGAGGGUGAAAAGGGUAUCAAUAUUUUCACACCCUCUGUGUUAAGAAAACAACAUCCCAAGACUAGUAAUUUUUAUUAUAAAAACUCUAGUGGAGUGUUUACCUCAUACGAUGCACUAUUGGUUUUCUGCUUCAAAAGUAAAAAGGAGUUUGAAGUUGACCAUAUAAUUCCCCUCAUUGUUUUUUCAAAUAGUUUAAAUAGUUACUUCACUCCAGAAGACACUCUAGGAUCUGUUAAUACUUUUAUUGCAGGUCUCAAAGAAAUUGUAAAUAGACCCCAUAAUUUAUGUGUAGUCGAGAAGACUCUCAAUAGUUAUCCCAACAAUCAAGAAAGACAAAACUAUCUAUACGAACAAAGAGAAAAUGUUUCUAAAACUUUAAAUGCCGUUAACGUUUAUAAUAAAAAAUUUGCUUCACUAGUUCAUGAUAAUUAUAUUAGCUAUUUCACAAAAUUAAACAAUAAUGAUGAUAAUGAAGAAAGCGACUAA